CAUCAACAUCCACCCAAACAGGAAGAGCAUAACAUAUCGGAAAACAUUUGUGAUGGAAAAUCUGAAGGAAUUUCAUGCCCGCUAAUCCAUGGCUUCUGGGGGAGUUGCCAACUAUAUCCAAACCUUACAAGUGAAAUAUGAUUUGUAUGUAAGAUGUAUCCAGUGUACAAGAAGAGGAAGCGGUGAGAUUUCAUACUCACUUCUCGGGGUCAACCAUGAAUGCUCAGAAAACAUCUUACUGGUCAAGUGUAAAGGUAAAGGUUCAGUAUUGAGGCCAGUUGCCACCCUGCCAGAUUUUCCCAGACCACACAGGUAUGAUGUUUGCUGGUACUACAUUGAAAAGCAUGGAUGCAAAGUGCAUGGGAAAAAAUGUACCUUUGCAAGGAGCGAGGAGGAAGCAGCCCUGUGGAACUUCAUAAAAGAUAAAAACUUGACAAUUCCUCAACUUGUGAACCUGAUCAAGACAAACCCCUGUUCUUUUGCUUCUGAAGACAGAACAACUCUGGAAUACCUCACUGCUGUGGAAAGAAUCAUCUCUGUAUUCAAGGGGAGAUUUGUGGAGCUUUGCAAGAGUUGUUUCCGUGUUGAUCCACAGAAGAUGUCCUUCAAGUUGCAAAAUGGCAAAUGUGCCUAUGGACAUAGCUGGCAACCUCUUCUGGCCUACUGCGAGAAGGACAAGAACAGUAGAGACAUCUAUAAUGAGAUCAGACCGCUGCCUAGUCAGCAGUCUAAUACAGUUUACUGCAGGUAUGUGGCCAAUGGUGAGCCGUGUAAACGUGGUGACCGUCAAUGCAGUUUUGCGCAUAAUAAGGUAGAGAUGGCGGUGUGGAGGGCAGAGAGCAGCGAGGGCUUGAAUCGAUUGGACCUGCUGAAGUCAAAGUCUCAAGACAGAAGACAACAGUUCUAUUGCAAAUUAUGUGACCGCAAGUUUACAACAAAUGAGGACUUCAUGAACCACUGUUUUACGCUGGGACACAGGAGACUGAUCUUCGAAGAUUCAUCUUUCCCAUGGAAGUACCGUGAUCCACCUCCAACAAACAAAGACUUGAAAUUGUGUGCAAGAUACCUGACAUGCGAGUAUGGAGACAGUUGCAUUGAGGCACACAGUCAAGAGGAACUUCAGGAAUGGCAAAAGAGACAUAAGGCUGCAAGAAAAAGAGCCAAUGAUGCAGCUGAGCUGGGACUUCUGUCCUAUCAGGACAGUCUUUUGGAGGAAUAUAGGCACAGCAAGAGCAAGGAGAUGAUAGUACACGACACGCUUCCAGAUGUUUCUAUCACCUGUGAGCCAGAUUUAGAUAGUGUCUUUGUAAGGCAAAAGGGAAUACCAUUUACAUGGAAUUUAAAAAUUAUUUCUAAGAUGACUUUAGAAAUAGUUGCUUUACUCAGACAUGAAGUUGGGGCAACAUUUACCAUCAGUAAAGACCCCUAUGUGGAGCAGUCAUAUUCCACUGGUGAUUGGUUUCUAAGUACUCAUUCCAGAGAUGAUACAAAAGAGUAUGAAAUCCCAGUGUCCUUCACAUCUGACCAACCAGGACUUUAUGAGCAAUGGGUGGUGUUUGACUUUGAUACGAGACCUGUACUGCAACAAAAACUCAAGGUUAGAGUUGGAGAAAUUGGUCAAGAGGUACCUGAGUCUAAGAGAACAUCAGCUAGGACUCCGGCACCUGAGGUUCUGCAAGAAAUGCAAAGUGAGUCAGAGGAAGCCAGGAAUCCCAUGGCCUGGAAUGUGGAAAAUAUGGAAAUCAUCCCUUUUGGUGAAAGAGAACAGACAGAGAGGGAGCUGCUAAAUAAAUACAAGCUUGUAAUGAAACACCAGCUGAACUUCCAAACUAAUGCUGUUUCCUCAAUUAAUCGUGGUAAUUACAAAGACAGCAUGCACAAGUUUCUGUAUCAGGAGGAACAGAUAGAAGCUGAACUACUUACCAGGCUGCAAGCGGUUGUGCAAUUGACAGACCAACUGUCUAAUGAGUUGUUUGGAUCAAAAUAUGCCCUUCAAGGGGAACUUUUUGCUGCUGUGCCUCUUUCUUGUCCACUCACUCCGAAUACCCCUCAAGGUUACAUAUUGAAAAGACAUGUUAGCAGAGCUCUUGUGCAUUUGGUGGAAAAUCAUGACUAUCUUGGGCUAGUUUAUGAGGCUGAAAUUUUAAAAGACACUGCUACUGAGACACAGUUGCAUCUGAAGCUUUCCAAACGCUGCUGCGACGAUCUUCAUCUGCAGAAUGGGAUGCAAUGUGAGAUGGCAAUCCAGUUCCAACUGGAUCGUCUGGGUUUCUGCGAGAUGCACAAGGCUAUUGACGAUCUUCCACACUUGGACAAAGUUUUGCCUGAUCUGAAAACCAGCAGCAUCCCUAUUUACUGCCAGUCAGAAAAAGGGGAUUUAAACGAAAAGCAGCAAGCUGCAAUGAACUUUGCAUUGGGAGUAGCGGAGAACACAAGCAGUGUGCCACCUUUGUUGAUUUAUGGACCUUUUGGAACCGGCAAAACUCGAACCCUUGCUAAAAUGGCCCAGGCACUUGUAAAGCAACCACAGAACAAAAUCUUGAUCUGUACGCAUACAAACAGUUCUGCAGAUCUUUAUGUGAAGAAUCAUUUCCACGAAUAUGUGACAACUGGUCAUCAUGAAGCCAAACCUCUGAGAAUAAAGGCAAAGGAAAGGGAUCCACUGAAAUCCACCGAUCCCACUACUCUAAAGUACUGCCAUUUAUCCAUCGAUGGCAAUUAUUUUGAGUUUCCUGAUAAAGCUGUUCUGGAUUCCACAAGAAUCAUAAUAACAACAACGUCAAUGGCUCGUUACUUUCAUGACAUGACGCUCCCAGAGAACUACUUCAGCCACAUUCUGAUCGAUGAAGCUUCCCAGAUGUUGGAGUGCGAAGCUCUUAUGGCACUGGGAUUGGCAGGUAAAAAGACACGAGUCGUUUUAGCAGGAGAUCACAUGCAGAUGGGACCCAAGCUCUUCUCUGUGAGGCAAGACAAAUGCUCAGAGCACACUCUGCUCAAUCGGCUUUUCUAUCAAUACCAAGCUGAGAACAGCAGUGCUGCCAAACAAAGCCGAAUCAUUUUCAAUGAAAACUACCGGUCUGCAAAGGACAUCUUGGAUUUUGUGUCAACACAUUUUUAUGUGGGAAAGACAGAUGUGAUUAAGCCUAGAGGAAAUGUGCCUCCUCAUCCACAACAACAUGCCUUGCAGUUCCAUCACGUAAGAGGAGAAUGCCAUUUGGACCCAACAAGCAUGUCCUGGUUCAAUCCAGAACAAAUUCAAAGUGUUGCUGGCAUUGUGCAAGGAGUUAUGAGGGACUGGCCAAACGAGUGGCACAAUCAAGAUCCAGCAUCAAUCUGUGUCCUUUCACAAGGCAGACAGGUAUAUGAAAUAAGACAAAGAUUGGCUCUGUUUGGACUGCGUGGUAUUACAGUGGAGAAUGCCGAAAAUGUGCAAGGAAAACAAUUCAGAGUCAUUCUGAUUUCCACUGUGCACACUAAGGACAGCCUAUCGGUGACUAAACAGAACUGUUUUGACUUUUUCAAUGACAUGCGUGUGCUGAACACUGUUAUGACGAGAGCCCAAUCCCAAAUAUUUGUGAUCGGAGAUGCAGCUGCACUUUCUAGUCCUCACUUUGGAAUGUGCUGGAGACUUUGGAAGUCUUACAUAGAGCAUUGCUUUAACAAAGGAAGCGCCCAUGACCUUACCCAGAAUUCUUUGAAACACGAUCUCCUUGAGAUAUCUGAGCUCUGCAGAAGUGAAGAUGAAGACAGCAGUGAUAGUGAAUCAAGCACAUCUGAGAUACCAGACACAGAUGACCCAAUACUUAAAGAGCUUCUUGAUGAGAAUAAAUAUCUAAACAUUGCACUGACAGAGGAAGGCUUGUUUCCUGUUUUUCAAAAUGAGCAUCUUGAUAGAAAUGUGGUCAACCAUGUCAAACCAGUAGAUUCAGGGAAACUGCAGAGUAACUCUACCACCCACAAAUGCUGUGAGCUGGUCAAGGAGAGUUUUGACCGAGGUUAUGCUGUACCACUUGAUGAGCCCUCCCUACGGAUCAACAUCAAGGGUAGACAUAAUUUGGGACAGGCAUUCCCCGGAGACAAGGUUGAAGUCAUGAUCCUGAGUGAGCAUUCAAAUCCUUUAGAGGGGAAAGUAAUUGAUGUUAUUGACAGUGCAAAUACUCCCAAAGAAUUUGUCUGCACCAUUGAAAGAUACGACAGUCAGGUGAUGGUACCUAUUAACAAAUGUAUCUCCAAAAUCCACACACCAUUUUGGAAAGACAAACCAUUCCACAUUCCAGUGAAAAACCCUAUCAACCUCAAAUUAGAGAGGUUCAUGAAAAUAAACGAGGAUGCCCGCAGAAAUUAUCUUUUUGUUGUCAGAGUCCUUAGGUGGAAGAAUGUUUUUCACUAUCCCUUGGGGGUGGUUGUUGGAGUGUUUCCAAAAGUAGAAACAUUUGAGGAUGGAUUAAAGGUACUCGAUAAAGAGUUCCAGUUGAGCAGGACAUGUCCUUCAACUGUGGAAAAAGAGAUGCAACACUUUCAAGGUCAUCAUUUAAUUGAAGUUGGACGAAAAGACUUCCGAGGCCUCCAAACAUUCACCAUUGACCCUGCAGAUUCACAGGACCUUGAUGAUGCAAUCAGUGUAAGAGAUUUAGGUGGCUGCUAUGAAAUUGGAGUCCACAUUUCUGAUGUUGCAAGCUUUGUGGCAAAAGACAGUGAACUGGACAAAUACGCACGGCAGCGAGGUACCGCAUACUACGCACCAGAGAAGGAGCCAACAUAUAUGUUCCCUGAAGAACUGAGUACCAAUUUCUUCAGUCUAAUCCCUAAUCAUCAUAGACGAGCCAUCUCCUUGAUGAUCGAAAUUGAUAAAAGUACAGACUGCAUAACGAAGAGAUCACUUUACAAGUCUGUCAUUUGCUCCAGUCGGAAGUUUUCCUAUAAUGAAGCUGAUGACAUCAUUGAAAAGACCAUAGUCAAUAGUAAGCAUUUUGACCUCGAAGCCUGCCUUGUGAUGGCAUGCCACUUUGCCGAGGUUCACAGGAAAUGCAGGAAACAAGAAGACUGGUGCUACAAACCUCCAGAUGAGGAUGCGACCCUUGGAAGAAGACGAUCUCACCAAAUGGUGGAAGAGCUGAUGAUCAUGUUUAACUAUGCAGUUGCUGAACACCUUCUGUCUGAUGACGAAACAAGGAGCCUAACUCCACUCAGAUGCCAGGACAGGCCAAAAAGUGAACAGUUGAAUUACCUUUUUGAAAAUAAUGCCUCUUUGAUUCCUCUUUCUAUUCACCUCUCAUGUCAAGCCGAUGCAAGUAAAGUUGAUUCUCACAAACUGCCGAGAAAAGGUUUGAGUAACCACUCAAUCGACAUGCCAAUCCCAGAAAGUGCUGAAACCUUCCCCAUAUUAAUAUCACUUUUGAAAAGUCUUAAGAAAGCUGCACAAGCCAGAGACAUCUACAGAAUAAUUGACUUAAUUACAACCGAUGACAUACACCCCCAACUUCUUCCUUUUGCCAUUGCAUUUAGGAGGCUCCUUCUCAAAGCAUAUUUUUUGCGCUCAAACUCAACACAUGCCGCAAGAAUUGGGCACUAUGAUUUACAUCUUGACAGCUAUACAUGGGCCUCAUCUCCAAUUCGCCGGUAUAUUGAUGUCAUUGUACAGCGUCUUCUGCAUUGUGUAAUUGACAAGACAGAUCAGUGUUACACAUCCCGUGACAUUAAUUUGUCUUGUUUGGAAUUUGCCAGGAAGAAUCACCAUCAGUCCUCAUAUGAGAGGAAAGCAAAUGCCCUUCACUUUGCAUCAAAACUGUCAACCCAGAGAGAAAGGAAGGUGGCAUACAUUGUGGAACUCAAUCCAUCCAACUUCAGAAUAUCCUUCCCACUUUACAGAGCCUCUAUACCAGACAAUGUAGAGAUUUUUUACAGGGACCUUCAGUUGGCAGAUCAACCAGAGUUUGAUGAAACAACCAAAAGCCUGAUCUUGACAUGGGUGCGAAGGAUAUAUUCAUUCUCCAAUCCUCACAUUCACGCUGAAGUGAAACGACAAAAUCCAAACUCGGUCAUGGCUUUUGUCCCUACAAAGAGUUGGCAAUGCCUAGUAGAUGCUCUCAGAGACGAAAAAUGGGAAUUAAUGUUUCGCCUGAUUGAGGAGCUUGACAUUAGCUCAAGAACCCACACAGGACAAUUCCAGGAAAGACUGUCCCAAGCCAAAAAUUCAGGAACAGAUCAAUUUGAGCAUUAUGCUGAACUGACCCUGAGAUUAAAGCAAGGUGAGGCAGUCGAAGUGCAGCUAGGUUCAGAAACAGCUCGGGGAUUAAUGGAACCAGCGGUUCAGCUGUUUAUUGUGCAUAAAAAGUUUGAGAUUUGUUUGGAGCAUGUAAAAGAUCCAAUCAAGUGCUUUUCAAAAUACGCACUCAACUCAUCAAGGAAUUCAUACAACACAUACAUGCAUUAUCAGGCAAUAUGGAAACCUAUGUGUGAAAUGGAGUCAGCCUUCAGUGCAGUGGCUGAAAAUGAGAGCAUCGUUUUGAAAGAUGUACCUCUGAAAUGGGACUCCAGUAGAUGUAGCUCAGAAAUAUCUCAAGAAGUCAAACUUGGCGGGAGUUUUCUACUCCCUCUCGACAAAAAAGACCAAUGGUCCAUUGAAUGUGACCUCAGGAACUGUUUCCUCUGCAUUCGAACAAGGAUUCCCCAAAAAGAGUGUCCAUUUCUGGAGAACUCGCAGCGAACAGAUUUAAUGGAUGUCCCCGUUAUCAUUUGGGUGGCCCAUGGUGUAAUCACUGAAGUUGAAGAAACAAAAACCAAAGGAACCAGUCAUUUGCAAAUUGACUUUCAAAUGAACCAUAUGACAAAUAUUCCAGAGGACAUCUUCUGCGAGAAGACAAGAUUUACAGUGGAGCUAAUACCAAAGCUUUUGCCAGAUGUGCGAAAAGAAAAUGCAAUUAACAGUCUAACUAAAGCUAACGAGCUUGUGAAAACUAUUGCCAUGGGCAGAGGGAUCAACUCUGAAGGAGGCAGUAAAAGUUGGAAGCAGAUGUCGGCCAGAUUUGAGAUUAAAGAUCUCCCUUCUGGGUUUUCCCAUCUUAACAAUAGUCAGUGUGAAGCUAUAAGAGAAGCACUGAGCAACCCAUUUACUCUUAUCCAAGGACCACCAGGAACUGGAAAAACAGUCGUCGGUGUCCAUAUUGUGUACUGGCUGCUCGAGAAAAUUAAAACACGUCCUUCAACUAAUCCUCAAAAGAAAAGAGCCAUCCUGUACUGUGGACCUUCAAAUAAGUCUGUUGAUGUGGUUGCAGGACAUCUGCUAAAACUUGAAAAACAACUAAGACCUCUCAGAAUCUACAGUGAUCAGAUGGAGAUGUUGGAGUUUCCUUACCCAGGCUGCAAUCUGAAGCUCUCUCGGCAAUCUAAAAGAGUGGAAAAGCCCAACACAGAGCUCAGCUCAAUUGCAUUACAUCACCUGAUUCGAAAAGCUGACAACCCAUUCUCUGCACAAAUUCUGGCUUUUGAUAUGAAAAUUAGAAGAGGAGAUCACCUCACUAAUGAAGAAAGGAAAUGCUACAAAGAAGCCCUAAAAAAUGCUCGAAAACAUGAAUUAUUGCAGCAUGAUGUCAUCUUGUGCACUUGCACGGCAGCCUCACACGGUGCCUUGGCUGAAGCCCUCGACUUAAAACAGAUCAUCAUUGAUGAGUGCGCCAUGGCAACAGAACCGGAAGCCUUCAUUCCCCUAGUGGCUCAUAAACCGGAGCAGAUUAUUCUUCUGGGCGAUCACAUGCAGCUACAGCCCAUAGUCCACUGCGAUGUGGUGAAGAGAUUGGGCAUGAGUACAUCUCUUUUCGAACGUUACGUGGAGAAAGCACUGAUGCUUGACACUCAAUACAGAAUGCAAGAAGGCAUUUGUGCAUUUCCAUCUCAGGAGUUCUACGCAGGAAAGUUAAAGACUGCAGUGCCAUACAAACCGAGUCUUUUCCAAACAGAGUCAAGGCAUACGCCCAUAAUCUUUGGGCAUGUUGAAGGGAAGGAGAAAAGUCUGGUGGUCUCGACUGAACGAGGGAAUGAAAAUUCAAAGGCAAAUAAGGAAGAGGCAGAAGAAGUGGUGCGGAUCGCCAAACUUUUGACCCAUGCUGGGAUACAAGGAAAAGACAUCGCCAUUCUAACACCCUAUAAUGCUCAAGUGGCAAAUAUUAGUGAGUCCCUGUCCAAUAAAGGCAUGCGUGGCAUCACAGUCAACACCAUCAUGAAGAGUCAAGGAAGUGAAUGGAAAUACGUCAUCUUGUCAACUGUGCGCUCUUGCCCAAAAUCCGAAAUAGAGAUGCAACCAACCAAAUCCUGGAUUAUAAAACGGCUUGGAUUCAUCGUGGACCGGAAUCAAGUCAACGUGGGCAUCACCAGGGCACAAGAAGGACUGUGCAUCAUUGGUAAUGAGAACUUGCUGCGAUGCAGUUUUUUGUGGAGAAAUCUUCUGAAUCAUUAUCAGCAGAAAAGAUGUGUGGUGAAUCCGGCCAGCAACAUACAGGUCCUAAAACCUCCUCCUGACAGGAGUCAGACAACUCGGAAAAAUGCUAGAAAAUGAGGCGUUUCAAAUCAUUCCAUGUUAAAUGCACUCUUCAUUUACUCAGUUAUGCUUUUUAAACGUAUGUAUAAUUUUAUAUAUAUAUAUAUAUAUAGCAUACAGAUACUAUACAGCCAGUCAAGCACUUUCAGAUCAGUAAAAUAAGCAUUUGUUUGAACUAUAGGAUAAUCAUAUAUAAUCAUCACAUUUCGAUGGCACUUUACUGUAUUUACAUUUUUAAGUUCAUUUAUUUUUAUUAGACAUAUGUGUUAUUUUGAGUCUGUUUUGCAUUAUAAUGAGGAUAUGAAGGAAAGGAAGUACUAUAACACUCUUGUAAACUGUCACCAUUUACUGUUGUCAGCCCUGUGUUGUGCCUCUGUCAUCUGGACUACACUUCCCAUAAUUCCCUGCAAGCUGUCUUCCAUUGUCCUCACCUGUGUUUCAUUUACUCUGUAGUCUUUUUGUAUAUAUGCCCUAUUGGUUGCUUGUUCUUUGUCAGAUGAUGUACCUGAAUGUGUUCCCCUCAUAGCCCCUCCCCCCUCUAGAGUGAUGAGUGCAGGGAAUUAUGGGAAGUGUAGUCCAUGGGGAACAGAUGACAGAGGCAAAACACAGGGCAGACAACAGUGAAUGGUGACAUAAACAAAGAGGGUGUGAAUGUUUAGUUAAAAUAGUUAAGUUUGCAUUACUCAAGAGAACCGUUACACUGAUCAGUCAAAUAAUCAUUUAAAGGGUUCAUGGUCUUACUGAUAAUAAAGCUCUAUAUCUAUAUCGUGCUUGAAAAAUGUAUUGCUUUAAAAAGAAAACAGACAUUUCUGUCUAUGUUACUAUAAAUAUAUAAAUA